UGCUCAGUUCAUCCCAAAACUUCGAGGCCUUUAAACAUGAAGUUCUCUCUCUAUAUUUGCCUUUUGCUGUGUGUGGCUUUGAGCCAAGUUAGUGGUAACUGCUCAGGCGAAUGUCCGGAUACGGAGGAAGUUGUUUGGGCUCUCGGAGGAGGUUGCAAUGUUUUCCGGAAUAAGUGCUAUUUCGACAAGGAGAACUGCCAUCGCAAGCCACCAUUGACCAUAACGACCAAGAUGGAGUGUCAGAAGCAAUGUUCUGACAUUUGUACAGCCAUUUAUCAGCCCACAACAGGAAUCUACAAGGGCAAAGUCCUACACUUUGGUAAUGAGUGUGAAAAACGGGCUCACACCUGUCGUAGUGGCCACACUUUUUUGUAAGCCACGCAGAAUGUUUUAAAGGUGAUAAUAAAUGAACUUUUACACCUAAAUAUAUGACUAUUAGUUGUUUUCAUCUAUUAGGGCUUCUAUGGGACUUUCAAGCAUGAACAGCCAACAAGUCACGUAGAAAUCUAGCGACCGCGCUGAAUAAUUUAAUAGUGUUUUAGUCACACCCAGUUUACAAGAAGAUGUAGGGAAAAAUUUUUGUUUAAUAAUAAUAAUUUUUAAUAUUCGCUUUAACAUAAUAUUAAAAAUAUGUAAUCUGUAUGAAACUCAUUUUGUUACGGAUAUAUAAAAAUGUAUUUAAAUGUA